AUGUCCGUCGAGACCCACUACCCUCGCACCGUCAGAAAUAAGCCCUCUCGUCGUGCAUGGGUAGAGCCCGCUGCGCUCCCCGACUACGGCGACGUUACCCUUAUACGAGGGAACGCGCCAGACUAUGUCAAGCAGCUCAUGUGCAAUACCUUCUACGGCUACGGAGUUGGCGAAGGCGACGCCUUUGGAUCGACUGUGGGGCACUCCGUCAUGUUCAAGGAGAUCAGUAUCGACCGUCAACUGGAGAAGCAGGGCCGCUUCGAAGCCGUCACAAUAGCAGAGCUACUGGUUACAAAACAUAUGCUUAACGGCGCUGGCAUGCUGCACGGCGGUUGCAUAGCCUACCUCAUAGACAACACGCCUCUCGUCGUCUUGGGACUCGUGUCGAACGUCAACGGCGUCGGUGUCACCCAAGGCAUGAAUAUCAUGUUUCACGCGCCUGCGCCAGUAGGCACACGCCUCCGCAUCGUCAGCACUUCUGUGUCGCUGGGCGGCCGUGUGAUGACAGCCCGAUGUGAGAUCGUUGACCGGGAUACGGGAAGGACUGUGGCGUCCGCCUUCAUCAAUAAGAUGCAGCCUGUCAGCUCGAGGCUGUAG